GCCAGGAUUAUUCUGUUGUAUUUUGUUGCGUUUACGCCUUUUGUAGUCUGCGUACGCUUCGGUUUACCGUCUAGAACUCUGCAUUUCCCAACCGAAAAUGCUAAUCACGGCUUGGGAGAAGGAUAUUGGCGAUAUCGUGUUUCAAAAGACCACGAAUCCAGCGAAUUCAUAUCCAACACUGUCAAGCGGGUGGUUCGAGAUGCACCAUCACCAGGAGUAUCCCAAUCGCCGAGCGAUAUGGUCACAAAGUAUGAGCUGCCUGAUGACCACCACAAUGAGAUGAUAGUCCACUGGGCUGGGGAAGGAAGUAAAGUUAUUGUAGCGCUGACACGAGAUGAGACCACUCAACCUGUCUCUACAAGUCAGGUGUAUUUUUCCAUGGACUAUGGCGUCUCAUUUUCAAAGAAACAGAUUACAGGGAAGAUUGACCCUACCUUGUGGAAAUCUGAAGAUUUUGGUGAAAGUUGGGUUAAAAUUCAGGACAACGUCAAAUCGUUUUGGUGGGGUGUGGAACCGGAUCCAGCAACAAGAUUAUAUAUCGAGAGACAGGAACCCGGCCAGACCUCUACAGUCCUCUACUCUGAUGAUUACUUCAGUUCACAAAGAACGGAAUCUAUCUUGUUACAAGGUAUAGAAGAUUUUGAAGUACGUGAUGAGUACUUAUUUGCAACAAGAAAGCGAAUGAUAGAGGGACAAGCUGAUUACACCCUUGAAUUGCUAGUGUCUCAUGAACGAGGAGAUUUCCAGCAAGCGGAGUUUCCUAACGAACUGCUGAAUCUUGAUUUCUAUAUUGCGGAUGCCUCAGAACACCAAGUGUUUGUGUGUGUCAACCAUGACAGAUCUCUAAAUACUGGUAUAACUCAUCUGUAUAUCUCAGAAUCUGCUGGUGUGCGGUUUUCACUGUCACUAGAAAAUGUUGUGUAUUUUAAUCCACAAGGACCUGGUAAAGACACUUGGCUGAGUUACUAUUCAGAUCAACCGUUUGCUGAUAUCCACAAAGUUGAAGGUCUACGUGGUAUCUACAUAGCAUCUCAGUUCAAUGAUACCCAAGGUGGUACUUUUCAGGACAAAAAUAUGGUGUCGUUAAUCACAUUUGACAAAGGUGGUGAAUGGAGUAGACUGAAUGAACCACAAAGAGACAGUCAGGGAAAGCCGUACCCAGAUUGUGGCAUUCUAAAUUCAUGCUCACUCCAUCUAACUCAGAAGUUUAGUUUGCUAUAUCCACGAUCAAGAACUGUGCCGAUCUUAUCCAAGAAGAGUGCGCCUGGUUUGAUCAUGGCAUCUGGUACUGUGGGCACCAGCAUCAAAGAUAACCCUGCUGUUUUUAUUUCUACCACUGCUGGUGUUGAAUGGUUUGAAGUGCUGAAGGACAAUUAUUAUUAUGCCUUUGGUGACCACGGUGGUUUAAUUGUAGCUGUAAAACAGUACGGACCAACAGAUGAAAUCAGAUAUAGUUGGAAUGAAGGGGAGACAUGGAAUACACUGACUUUCUCUGAAGAACAGAUACAGGUGUACGAUGUGAUGACUGAACCUGGUGAACACACCACUGUAUUCACACUGUUUGGUUCCAGUGUUGGUAAACAACACACAUGGAUGAUAGUACAGGUUAACCUCUCAAGUAUAUUUGAGUAUUCAUGUACUGAUGAUGAUUACAAAUUAUGGAGCCCAUGUGAGGAGUUGGCAGAUGCCUGUCUUCUUGGAUCUAAGACUGUGUAUGAAAGACGUAUUGCCCAUGCUAAAUGUUAUAACGGUAAAGACUAUGAUAGACCAGUAUCCACCGUGUUGUGUCCAUGUACAAGAGAGGAUUAUGAAUGUGACUUUGGCUACAAGGAGAUUUUUGAGUGGAAUCCUACUUGUGUACCAGAUCCGGAAAGUGACAUAGAUCCACAUGCUAUACCGGUACCAUGUCAUGAAGGCAACUUCUACACAAGAAGCAGAGGUUAUCGGAAAGUAUCUGGAGAUCUCUGUACUGGGGGAGUUGAAAUGAGAUUAGACCCUGAAAGAGUGUCAUGUCCAGUAUCUGAAAACCCAGAGUUUAUACUAUAUGCUAUGCGUACUGAGGUACGUCGUUACAUACUUGGUGAUCAGAGACAAGAAACACUACCCCUGCAGGGUUUACAAAAUGUUAUUGCUGUUGACUUUGAUUACAAGGAUAAUUUUAUUUACUGGGCUGAUAUGGCUACUGAUAAGAUAAUGCGCUAUGGUCUAAACGGAUAUGGAGAACAUGAAGUUAUAGUUACUGGUCAACUUGAUACGAUUGAGGCACUCUCUUUUGAUUGGCUGUCUGGCAAUAUAUAUUGGGUCGACUCUGGAUCGAAGAAAAUUGAAGUUUGUCGUAAAAAUGGUAUCAAUAGACGGGAAUUAUUUAAUGCUUCGCAUUCUUUAGAUAAUCCCAGAGCUUUGUCGUUGGAUCCACGACGAGGGUGGAUGUACUGGACUGAUUGGGGAGAUAAACCGCAUAUACGUAGAGCACACAUGGAUGGUCUAUAUCAUGAAAUCAUAAUAUCUGAAAACAUACACUGGCCAAAUGGGAUUGUUGUUGAUGACCACACACAAAAGUUAUUCUGGACUGAUGCAUAUUUUGACAGAAUAGAGACAGCAUAUUUUGACGGCAGUUCACGUCAAGUUUUGUUGAGUCACGAUAUACCUCAUCCAUAUGCAAUAGGAGUCUAUAAGGAUGAGAUAUACUGGGAUGAUUGGUACAAGAGAGCAAUAUCAAAAGCCAGCAAAUAUGAUGGAUCUGGUGUGACUAUUGUAGAAGACAACCUUGAUUCUGUAAUGGAUUUAAAGAUUUUAGCAAAGUCAACCCAACAAGGUUCUAAUCCAUGUGCUACUAAUAAUGGUGGCUGCAGUCAGUUGUGCUUGGUGAAACCAAUAGGAGAUGAUGGUGGAGUUGGUAGGACAUGUAAGUGUGGUCAUGAUACUGAGGUUGUUGUAUAUCAUGGCACUGAUGAAGAAUGUAGAUGCAAGGGUGGUGAGACAAUUAUCAACGGUACAUGUGUCCCUCAAAAUGGUAAAUGUAUUCCUGCAAGCUGGCAUUGUGAUAAAGAUAAUGAUUGUGGUGAUAGUUCAGACGAGCAGGAUUGUCCAUAUCAGACAUGUCAUCCAGAUGAGUUUACCUGCGGUAAUGGCCGAUGUAUUUCAGGAUCAUGGCAGUGUGAUCUUGAUAAUGAUUGUUAUGACUGGUCAGAUGAACAGGGAUGCGACUAUCCAACAUGUGGUGUGGAUAAAUUUACAUGUGAUAAUCAGCGUUGUAUACCUAUAACAUGGCGAUGUGAUUAUGACAACGAUUGUAGAGACAAUUCAGACGAAAUGAACUGCAAUUACAAUAAUUACACCGAUUCUACUGAGCCUGGUACAUGCAAUAAAAAUCAGAUGACUUGUGAUAAUGGUUUGUGUAUUCCAUCCAAUUGGCGCUGUGAUGGCUAUGAUGAUUGCGGGGAUAACUCUGACGAACCAGAUUCUUGUCAGCAAAGAGAAUGUAAUAGUUCUUUUGAGUUCAAAUGUAAGAACAAUAACUGCAUUUACCUGUCAUGGAAGUGUGAUGGGAUGGAUGACUGUGGAGAUAACAGUGAUGAACAAAAUUGUCAAGAUGUUGUGACUACCUCUGCUCCAUCUACAAGUUAUCCCUCCUCCUGCAAUACAUGGCAGUUCAGUUGUUUAAAUGGUAACUGUGUUAGCUAUUGGUGGAAGUGUGAUGGUGUCAAUGACUGUGGUGACUAUUCAGAUGAAUAUGACUGUGGUCCUGUGACGAAUGAGACAUCAACCACCACAAAAUCAUAUACCCAAUACUACACCUGUUCACCGUAUGAAUUUGAGUGUGGCCCCCUUGCUACUACCCGGUGUAUUCCAAGCUACUGGGUGUGUGACGGAGAUAACGACUGUGGAGAUUACAGUGAUGAAAACGCUUGUCCAAGCCCAGUGUACGUACCAACAACAACAACACCACCACCACGUUGUACAAGGGAUAAAUUCCGAUGUUACGAUGGACAUUGUUUACCACGCAUUUAUAUAUGUAACGGCUACUGGGACUGUGUGUCUGGGGAGGAUGAGAGGAACUGUC